AAUAUGGGUGCGAUUAGAGAGAUAAUGACUGCUCGUUCGUUUGUUCGUAGCAGUAGAAGUACUACUAGUUGUUUUUGUUGUUGUUCCUCUUUCCAUCAAAAUUCCCAGUCCUUUCUUCUUUUUCGUAUUUUCUUCUUCUUCCUCUGUCAUUAUUGUUAUUGUUUUUAUAUUUAUUAUAAUCAUUAUCUUUUGUUAUUCCCUAAAUCUCACCGCACAUUUCCUUCACGCUCUUCGAUUCUUCUUCGUCUUCAUCCUCCCCCUCUUCAAACACACCAAACUCUCUCUCCCUCUCUCACCCACUUUUUACUCGUAGCUACUCCACGCUCUCUGAACCCAUAUUUUGCAAUGCAUGGUUUUAGUGGGACUUCCCUUCUUUCAAGCUCUUAGUUUUACUCACUUGGUGGCGAGCUUGAUCUUCAUCAAUGGAGGCUGCUGGUUCGGAGGGAGAGAAGAAGAAGCCGCCGGAGGGCGAGAACAAGACGAAGCGCAAAAUGAAGACCGCUUCUCAGUUGGAGAUUCUAGAAAAGACCUAUGCUGUGGAGCCAUACCCAUCGGAGGCAUUGCGAGCGGAGCUGUCGACAAGAUUGGGGCUCUCGGAUCGUCAAUUGCAGAUGUGGUUCUGUCAUAGGAGGUUGAAGGACCGGAAGGGGCCUCCAGUGAAGAGGCAACCGAAGGACUCUCCGGUUGGGGAGGAAAUGGUGGUGGGAGAGGCGGGAAAUGAGCACGCAUCGGGGUUGGGUUUGGUAUCGAGUAAGUUUAUGGAAUCCCGGCGAGUUGUUGGGCGACCGGGGGUCGCCGUUGCUAGGAUUGGAAGUGAUAUGGGGGCAAUGAGUAGGUUCUAUGAGCCGCAGCAGUCAAUACAAGAGCUUCGAGCUAUUGCUUUUGUGGAGGCGCAGUUGGGGGAGCCUCUGAGGGAGGAUGGGCCUAUUCUUGGGAUGGAGUUUGAUCCCUUGCCACCGGAUGCAUUUGGUGCGCCUAUAGGAUUGGCAGCAGUGGGGCCGCAGAAGCAGUCUGGACGGCCAUUUGAGCCUAAGUUAUAUGAGCAGCCUGAUGCUAAAUCAAUAAAGGGUGUAGGCAGGGCUCUCCAUGAAUACCAAUUUCUUCCAGAGCAGCCAACUGUCAGAACCGAUGCAUAUUGGAGGGUUACCCCAUCUUACCACUAUGGUUCACCUGGUGAUGGUCCAAAUGCCAGGACUCCAUCAUUACCUUCUAGCCGCAUAUUCAUGCAUGGAAAUGAACAUGUACCUUCUGGCUAUGGUUUUCAAGGUCAGAUGCCUGGUCUAAAUCUUUUGCCUCAACAAGGGAAGCAGGGUCAUCUAUUGCCCUCUGCUUCAGGAGAGAAUGACAAUAAUUCACGAAAGAACCCCUUCACAAACAUCACAGAUGCUCAUUUUGGUGCUCAUCCAAUAACUCAAAUGGAAAAUCCAUUUGUGUCCUCUGACAAGAGGGUCAUCCUUGAUGAGGAUGUUUCGCGGAUGGAGAGGAAGCGCAAGACUGAGGAAGCGAGAAUAGCACGGGAAGUUGAAGCCCACGAGAAAAGGAUUCGAAAAGAGCUUGAAAAACAAGAUAUAUUGAGGCGUAAGAGAGAAGAGCAAAUGAGGAAAGAGAUGGAGAGGCAUGAUCGUGACAGGCGGAAGGAAGAAGAAAGGCUGUUGCGAGAAAAGCAGCGAGAGGAAGAGAGAUAUCAAAGGGAGCAAAGGCGUGAAUUGGAGCGGAGGGAGAAGUUUUUGCAGAAGGAAUCGAUCAGAGUUGAGAAGUUAAGACAAAAGGAAGAAAUUCGCAGGGAAAAGGAGGCUGCAAGGCUUAAAGCUGCUAAUGAGAGAGCAAUUGCUCGUAGAAUUGCUAAAGAGUCAAUGGAACUCAUUGAGGAUGAACGCUUGGAACUCAUGGAGUUAGCCACAUCCAGCAAGGGAUUGCCUUCAAUACUUUCUCUUGACUAUGAAACUGCACAAAAUCUUGAAAUAUAUAGAGAUAUGCGAACUCUGUUCCCACCCAAAUUGGUGAAUUUGAAAAGGCCUUUCACUGUUCAACCCUGGAUUGACUCAGAAGACAACAUAGGGAAUCUUCUUAUGGUUUGGAGGUUCUUAAUUACUUUUGUUGAUGUUCUUGGACUUUGGCCAUUUACUCUGGAUGAGUUCGUCCAAGCUUUUCAUGACUAUGAUCCAAGGUUGUUGGGUGAGAUACAUGUUGCUCUUCUCAGAUCCAUCAUAAAAGAUAUAGAGGAUGUUGCGAGAACACCCUCUACUGGGCUGGGGGCAAUUCAAAAUUGUGCUGCUAAUCCUGGAGGUGGACAUCCACUGGUUAUUGAAGGGGCAUAUGCUUGGGGUUUUGAUAUAUGUAACUGGCAGCGCCACUUGAAUCCCUUGACGUGGCCAGAGAUUUUGCGUCAAUUUGCUUUAUCAGCAGGUUUUGGGCCACAACUGAAGAGAAGGAAUGUUGAACAGACAUAUCUUCGUGAGGACAAUGAGGGUAAUGAUGGUGAAGAUGCAAUUUCUAACUUGCGCAAUGGAGCGGCAGUUGAAAAUGCUGUUGCCAUAAUGCAAGAAAGGGGUUUUUCUAAUCCACGCAGAUCUAGGCAUCGAUUGACUCCUGGAACUGUUAAAUUUGCAGCAUUUCAUGUUCUUUCUCUAGAGGGAAGUCAAGGUGUAACAAUAUUAGAAGUUGCAGAAAAAAUUCAGAAAUCUGGACUUAGGGAUCUCACAACAAGCAAGACACCCGAAGCCUCUAUUGCUGCUGCCUUAUCUAGGGAUUCAAAACUUUUUGAGAGGACGGCUCCUUCAACAUAUUGUGUACGGUCCGCCUAUAGGAAGGACCCAGCUGAUGCCGAGGCAAUACUCUCUUCUGCCAGGGAAAGAAUCCGGGUAUUUAAGAGUGGGAUUGUAGAUGGAGAAGAUGCUGAUGAUGCUGAAAGAGAUGGAGAUUCAGAAAGUGAUGCAGGAGAGGAUCCUGAGGUUGAUGAUGUUGGUGCUGAAAUAAAUCCAGUUAAAGAGAACCAUAAUUCAAAAGAAGAAACCAAAGUCAGUCCUAAAACUCCUGUGGGAAAUGGGAUGGGGAGUGAUGGUAUUAUGGAAAAUCCACAAGUAGAUCUUGGGAAUAUUGACGAGGGCUUGUCUUCAAUGCAAGCCAGAGGAUUAAAUAAGGAUGACGGUGCUAGUUUCUCUGUUUCACAAUCUGUUGAUGUCUCUGGAAUCGGAAAUAAUAUAGCCAUUGUUAGUCAAGAAGAUACAGAUAUCGACGAGAGCAAUCCUGGUGAGCCUUGGGUUCAGGGACUCAUAGAAGGAGAGUACUCUGAUCUCAGUGUCGAGGAGCGCCUUAACGCACUUGUUGCUUUAAUUGGUGUGGCAAUUGAGGGGAACUCGAUUCGCAUUGUUCUUGAGGAACGUUUGGAAGCAGCAAAUGCCCUGAAAAAGCAAAUGUGGGCAGAAGCACAACUCGAUAAGCGUCGUAUGAAGGAAGAGUUUGUAAUGAAGAUGCAUUAUUCAUCAUUUAUGGGGAACAGGACUGAACCUAACCUUACGGCAUCCUUGGCAGAAGGUAGGCAAAGUUCAUUUCCUAUUGGCAAUGACAAAAGCAAUGAGAUGUCUGUUGCUGCUGCUGUCCAACAAGAACUACCAAAUGAUGUACAGAAUGAGCAAAAUUAUCUUUACAGUUUGCCCUCUGAAGAGAACCUGCAAAUGCAAGAUUACUGUGCUGGCCCAGAUAAUCUUCCAUAUCAGCAAGCCGGAUAUUAUGCUGAAAGGUCACGCUCGCAGCUAAAAUCCUACAUCAGUUACAAGGCGGAAGAGAUGUGCAUGUAUAGAUCACUGCCUCUGGGUCAGGAUCGCAGACAUAAUCGAUACUGGCGGUUUAUUACAUCUGCUUCUCGAAACGAUCCAGGCUGUGGCAGGAUCUUUGUGGAAUUGUAUGAUGGACGGUGGAGGCUUAUUGAUUCUGAAGAGGGCUUUGAUGCUCUGGUGUCAUCUUUAGAUUUACGUGGUGUUAGAGAAUCUCAUCUGCACAUGAUGUUGCAAAAGAUUGAGAUGUCCUUCAAGGAAUCAGUUAGGAGGAAGAUGCUUUGUGUUAGCAUAGGAGAUAGUGGAGACUCUGUCAAAACAGAAGCUGUUGAACUGCCUCGUGGCCCUGAUUACAGCAUAGGUACUGAUAGCCCUAGAAGUACUGUGUGUGUGGCUGAUUCAGAUGCUUCAGAGACCUCAACAUCUUUUGCGAUUGAGCUUGGAAGCACUGUGAGUGAAAAGAAUGAUGCCUUGAAGAGAUAUAAGGAUUUUGAAAAAUGGAUGUGGAAAGAAUGCUUUAAUUCCUUGGUAUUAAGUGCCAUGAAGUAUGGGAAGAAAAGGUGUACACAGUUGCUGGGUACUUGUGAUUAUUGUCAUGAUAUUUAUUCUUUUGAAGACAACCACUGUCCUUCCUGCCAUAAGACAUACAGUGCAUCUGGGAGAAGCUUAAAUUUUUCUGAGCAUGUGUCAAAAUGCGAAGAGAAAUCAAAGCUUGGCCCUCAUUGUACUUUGCAUUGUUCACCCUCAACUCCUCUCCAGAUAAGAUUGCUUAAAGUGCAGUUAGCUUUGGUUGAGGUUUCAAUUCCACCAGAAGCUCUUCAACCCUUUUGGACUGACAGCCAACGAGAAUCUUGGGGUAUGAAAUUGCAGUCCUCAUCAUCGGCUGAAGACCUUCUUCAGAUUCUGACAUCAUUGGAAGGUGCCAUAAAGAGAGACUAUUUGUCUUCAAACUUUGAGAGCACAAGUGAUCUUUUGGAUUCUUCUGACCCUUCAGGAUUUGCUAGAGAUUAUUCUAGUGGUCCCAAAACAGUUCCUGUACUUCCAUGGAUACCAGAUACGAUGGCUGCUGUGGCACUAAGGUUAAUGGAAUUUGACUCCUCCAUCUCAUAUAUGCUGGAGCAGCAGAUGGACUCUCAGAAGGACAGGGGACCCUGGGUUAUAAAGCUUCAAUCAAAAUAUGCUGCCGGCAAGAAUUCAAAAGAUGAUGGUACAGCUCAUACACCAUAUCAAGCCGAACAUCUGAACGAAGAGAACUUUGUUGACUCCGUUAUUGGACUUAAUAGCUAUGUUCGUGGACGAGGUGGCCGUGGAAGAGGCCGCACUCGUACUCGUGGCGGGAGAUCACAGAGAAGGGUCAUUACUUCCAGGGCUGAAUCUGGCAAAAGAAGUACAACCGCGAAAAAUGACAGAUUUGGGCAGGUAACCGGAUGGAAAGGGAGACCACGUAGACGAGGAGGGCGCGGGCGAGGUCGUCGGAGCAUUAGAAGCAGGCAGAGAUCUGCAAAGGUGGUUCUUGUUGGUGCAGAAAGAAAUAGCCCCAGAGAGAUCAUCAUUGAGAAAUCACAGAGUGACUUGGUCGGGAAGGAGUGGAAUGAAGAUGAAACAACGAGGUUGGAAGUUGAGGAUGCUGGAAAUACCAGUAAUUCAGAAAGAUCCGGUUAUGACGAUGAAAACGGUCUGGCAACAGGAGAUGAAUAUGAUGAUAUGGUGAUGGAUGACUAUGCUCCUCAAUAUAUUGGCAGGUCUGAUGACUUCCUUCGAGGGACCUAUUACGAUGUAGAUGUAGAGGAACAUGAUGAUGACAACGACGGUGAUGAAAAUGAAGAAGAUGAGCAAGGGGAUCUUGAUGUUGAGGAAUAUAUAAACGGUGACUCGGAUGAUGAGGAAAACGGUGGAGACAGAGAGCAGAAUGUUGACCAACAUCAAGGUGCAGGAUAUACAUCAUCGGAGUACAGUGAGUAAAGAGAUCACAGGUCUAUUGUAUAAGUGAUAUUUCAUCGUUGUUUUCCCUUUUUCUCAGGGGAGGGUGGGGGGAUGUCGGUUCAAUGGUUCAGAAUCAUCCCCUAAUCCAACUGUAUUUAUAAAGUUUACUGUUACUGUGCAAAAGCACAUUUACUAAACGUAAGCAUUGAUGAUUCACAAUUAUCAGACAGCUUAUAACAUUGAUAACUCAAAUGAGGUUGAGGAAGGCUCAAGGGAGGAGACCAGGAGUGAUCGGUAAAUUUCGAACGACAGGUGGUUUUGACUCUUGAUUCU